AUGAAUAAUGAUACAAUCAUGUCAUUGAGUUUUGUAUUUUGUUGUUGGUGUACAGUAGUACAUGACGAGCAGCAGGAGGAGGAGGAGGAGGAGGAGUUCAACAUUUUCAUGGACGACGAACAAAAUAACUUAGAAAUGGAAACUAAAAAAAAAGAUCAAAAUUAG